CGCCACGUGGUGGUGUUCCCGCGGAGGCUGCGGCCCGGGGCGCCCCUGGCGGCACUAGCGCUGUGGCCGGGCACCGACAAGCGCUCGCUCACCGCGCGCCUCACGUGCGACGGCCGCGAGGUGGCGCAGCAGACGCACGCCCUCGGCCCCGACGCCUACGCCGCGCUGCUGCAGCUUCCGCGCAAAUUAACAACAUUUUGUGAGGCAGUGGGUUUUUCGUACCAA